AUGGAUGUGGGUCAGGAGAAGUCGGUUCAGAGGGGUGGGGAGGAGCAGGGGGGAGUUGGGGGAGAGAAGGGGGAGUUGGAGGGGGAAGUGGAGGUGGUUGGGGAGGGGGUUGGGGGAAAGGGGGUGGUCAGGGGGAAGGAGAAGGGGGAGGAGGAGGGUGGGGCGGAGGUAGUUGGGCAGGGGAAGGGGAAGGGGCUCUGGGGGAAGGGGGAGGUGAAGGGGGAGGAGAAGGAAGAGGGGGAGGGGGAGGCAGAUGUAGUUGGGGAGGAGAAGGAGGGCAAGGGUGGGGUUCAGAAGCAGACGGAAAGAAAGGAGGAGCACGGCGACAGAAUGUCAACCAGGAGAUUAGCCCCUGGGACGCGUGGGAGGGGCGUGGGAGAGGAAGGGACGAGAGCGUGUGUGAUAGGGAAGCAGUGCAUGGAGGAAGAGGAAUUGGAGGAAGUGGGGUACAAGGAAGAGGAGAAAGAGGAGGGAGAGGAAGAAGGGGAGGAAGAGGAGGAAGGGGUGGAAGAGGAGUAA